AUCGCAUGUCCCUCUUGAAACCAACACUCACCAGCCAUUGAAUAUUCCCAACCACAAAACCAUUCUCACCCCUCAACCACCCUCCGCCACCCACCAUAACCCACUCCCUGCAAACCAACCAACCACGCAACACACCAAAACCCCCCCAAAAUGAUCUCCGACGACAACCUCUACACCCUCGCGCAGUCCCUCGGCCUCGCAGCAAUGCUGUUGAUAGUCCUCUACCACUUCCUCGAAAUCAACGCCAAAGACGGCGCGAAGACGACGCCGCUGAGCGCGGAGCGGAAAGCGGACGCGGUGCCGGGGAAGGCGCGGUGAUGGGCAUGGCGGGAGAAGAAGGGGGAUUUGAUGUUUGCAUUGAUGGGGCGGAUGAGGGGGCAUGCUGGGCUGCUUGUUGUGCAGUUUGGUGGCAUUGGCGUGGGAUGGCGUUUAUAAAGGCUUGUGGAGUGAUUUUGGGAUGUAUGUACAGGGGAUACAAGGGAGAUGGGUGGGUUGCAAAGUGAACGCGAGACACCCGACUGCUGCAAAGCACGGCCAGCGGACACACACUACAAGAGGAAUCGAAGGAGAGCGUGACACGGAAAGGUCAAACGUGUUAGCCACACCAGCGCGAUGGCCAGUGGCCUUCCCAGCAGUCUAUCAUCAAGACCCAGGUCUAAAAAGCGCAUCAAGCGCAAUUUCA